CAUGCCGCAGAGCCUUCGCCUCCCCGCCCGGGCUGCCCUCCUCGCCCGCUGCCUGCCCGAGCUGGGGGCCCCCCCGCGCCCCCUGCCCCCCCCGCCCCCCCCCGCAGCCCCCCAGGGGCUCCGCAGCCUGGCCGAGAUGCCCGGGCCCAGCCCCGCCGCCUUCAUCUACGACCUCCUCUGCCGGGGGGGCCUCCGGAGGCUGCACGAACUGCAGGUGGAGGGCCGGGCGCGGUACGGCCCGGUGUGGAAGGCCAGCUUCGGGCCCAUCCUGACCGUGCACGUGGCGGAGGCCGGGCUGAUCGAGGAGGUGCUGAGGCAGGAGGGGCCCUUCCCGGUGCGCUCCCACCUCUCCUCCUGGAAGGAUUACCGGGCCUGCCGCGGGCACGCCUGCGGGCUGCUGACGGCGGAGGGCGAGGAGUGGCAGCGGCUGCGCAGCCUCGUGGGCCGGCUCCUGCUGCGCCCGCGGGCGGCCGAAGCGUACGCGGGCGCUGUGGGCGCCGUGGUGGGCGACCUCCUGCAGCGCCUGCAGCACCUGCGGGACCGCCACCCCCAGCACCUGGUCCCCGACGUCGCCGCCGAGUUCUACAAGUUCGGGUUGGAAGGCAUCUCCUCCGUCCUCUUCGAGUCGCGCCUGGGCUGCCUGCGGCAGGAGGUGCCGCGGGACACGGAGGCCUUCAUCCGCUCCAUCAACACCAUGUUCGUGAUGACGCUGCUCACCAUGGCCAUGCCCAAGGCCCUGCACCGCCUCUUCCCCAAGCCCUGGCGGACCUUCUGCGAGGCCUGGGACUUCAUGUUCGCCUUCGCCAAGGGCCACGUCGACCGGCGCGUGGCCGGGGCGGCCGAGCGGCUCUCGCGGGGGGAGCCGGCGGAGCACAAGUGCCUGACGGACCACCUGGUGCGGGAGGAGGUCUCCAUGAGGGACAUCUACGGCAACGUCACCGAGCUGCUGCUGGCCGGCGUGGACACGAUCUCCAGCACCCUGUCCUGGAGCCUGUACGAGCUGUCGCGGCACCCCAGGGUGCAGGCGGCGCUGCACCAGGAGGUGGCGGCGGCGCUGGGCCCCGGCCACGAGCCCCCCGCGGCCGCCCUGGCCCGCAUGCCCCUGCUGAAAGCCGUGGUGAAGGAGACGCUGAGGCUCUACCCCGUCAUCCCCAGCAACGCCCGCGUGGUCCCCGACCGAGACAUCCGCGUGGGCGACUACCUGGUGCCCCGCAAGACCCUCAUCACCCUGUGCCACUACGCCGCCUCCCGCGACGGCCGCUUCUUCCCGGCGCCCGACGCCUUCCGGCCGGAGCGCUGGCUGCGCCGCGGCCCCGCGCGCCACCCCUUCGCCUCGCUGCCCUUCGGCGUGGGCAAGCGCAGCUGCGUCGGCCGCCGCCUGGCCGAGCUGGAGAUCCACCUGGCCCUGGCGCAGAUCCUGCUGCGCUUCGAGGUGCGGCCGGAGCCCGGGGGGGCCCCGGUCAGGCCCAUGACCCGCACCCUGCUCGUCCCCGAGGCCAGCAUCAACCUCCGGUUCCUGAGCCGCCGAGGGGGGCACGCGACCGGGACCCCCCCCGUCCCCGACCCCGUGACGUCCCCACGGGGGCCGCGCCGCCUUAUUUAACGCCCGGGGGCGCUCCUUAUUUAUUGCUCCUGCGGAGCCGUGGUGGCCCCUCGCGUGCCCGGCUUAUUUAAAGCUUUAUUUAUU